UUCAAGCCGCUUAGGAAACCGGAAGGAAGGCUUUCUUUCUGAGGCCGUAUCGAUAUAUAAUCCAAAAAAUACCCCAUAUGAUCAUGGAUAGCGAUCACUUAAAGGAAGCUGGAAAACAGGCCAUGCGAGCUGCACGAAAGAUUAAUCGUCUCCGUUCGCUGGGUAUCGUUACGGCCGGAGCUGCUGUUCUAGUGGCUGGCAUUACAGCUUACAAGAAGCAGGACAGUCUUUAUCGUACCUUUGUGAUGCCCGCUGUGCGGCUAUUGCCGGCGGAGACCAGUCAUCAGCUGGCCCUUUUGGCUUGCAAAUACCGCGUGUAUCCGCGAUCCCAAUACGAGGACAAUGCCAACCUCCAAACAAAAUUUUUUGGGCGGAUGCUAAAGAACCCUAUUGGAAUAGCGGCUGGAUUCGAUAAGAACGCUGAAGCGGUGGACGGACUGCAAGAUAUGGGAUUCGGUUUUGUCGAGGUGGGAACUGUCACGCCAGCUGCUCAGGAGGGCAACCCCAAGCCGAGAGUCUUUCGUUUGGUUGAGGAUCGUGCCAUAAUCAACCGUUAUGGCUUUAAUAGCGAGGGCCAUCAAGCAGUUCUCCAGCGAUUGCGCCUGCUCCGCAGCAAGGAGGACUUUAACGGAGUGGUCGGUGUGAAUCUUGGACGAAACAAGGAAACCAUGAGCCCAAUGGCGGACUAUGUUCAAGGUGUCCGGGUUUUUGGUCCUGUUGCCGACUAUCUAGUCAUAAAUGUAAGCAGCCCAAAUACAAAGGGUCUGAGGGAUAUGCAGACCAAGAGCAAGCUAACGGAGCUGCUUGAGCACGUGAACGAAGCAAGAACUCGCCUAGAAAGAAACAAAAAUGUGCCGAUCUUGCUGAAGCUCUCGCCCGAUCUCUCCCUAAGCGAUAUGAAGGAUAUAGUUUCAGUAAUCAACAGGAAAAAAAGUCGCGUGGAUGGUCUGAUUGUCACAAAUACCACUGUCUCGCGGGAUAACAUAAACGCUUCAAAUAAAACGGCAAAGGAAGUUGGUGGAUUGAGUGGGGAACCACUUAGAGCACGAUCCACAGAGAUGAUCGCCCAAAUGUAUGUGUUGACAGAUGGAAAAAUACCCAUUAUUGGAGUUGGAGGAGUAGCCUCCGGUUAUGAUGCCUACGAGAAAAUCGAGGCGGGAGCAUCAUACGUACAAGUCUAUACGGCGCUCGUGUACGAGGGUCCUGGUCUCGUGGACCAGAUCAAGGCUGAGCUGUCGUCCCUGAUAACCUCGCUGGGCCAUGCCAACGUCCAAGAUGUGGUUGGAACCAACGCAAAGUUUUACCUGCCAAAGAAGUGAGGCGACUACUGGUUUUAGAUCAUUUAAUAUGCUACAUUUCCAUUAUCUCCCGAUUCCCUUGACCUUGUAUUGGUAUGAAGUAAAUCAAACUCCGCAAUAGAACCGAA